AAUUCGGUUCGGUUAACUUGUAAUAACUUACUAAAAAAACCCAAGAGCAAAGACAAGAAUGGCAGCAUCAGCAACCACACUGCUUGUGGCCACUCUUCUUCUCACUCUCUCUCUACAAUCAUCCUCCCACUCUCUCUACUCUUUCUCCCCCUCCCCUCCCCAACACUCCGAGUGGCGACCGGCCAGAGCCACCUACUACGCCGCCGCCGACCCCCGUGACAUUGUCGGCGGCGCGUGUGGCUACGGGGACCUGGAGAAAUCCGGGUAUGGCAAGGCCACGGCGGGUCUGAGCUCUGCUUUGUUCGAGAAAGGGCAGAUCUGUGGGGCUUGUUUUGAAGUGAGGUGUGUUGAGGAUCUAAAGUAUUGUAUUCCGGGGACUUCGAUUAUAGUUACGGCCACUAAUUUUUGUGCUCCUAAUUAUGGGUUUGAAGCUGAGACUGGUGGCAAGUGUAAUCUCCCCAAUGCUCAUUUCGUCUUGCCUAUUGAAGCUUUCGACAAGAUUGCUAUUUGGAAAGCCUCUAACAUGCCUAUUCAGUAUCGCAGGAUCAAGUGCAGAAAGGAAGGAGGGAUACGGUAUACUAUCGAUGGUGCUGCUAUUUUUCUUUCAGUGUUGAUAAGUAAUGUUGCUGGUGCUGGAGAUAUUGUGGCAGUGAAGAUCAAGGGUUCAAGAACAGGAUGGCUGCCAAUGAAUAGAAAUUGGGGGCAGAACUGGCAUAUAAAUGCCGAUCUGAAGAACCAACCGCUUUCUUUUGAGCUUACUAGCAGUGAUGGGGUUACAUUGAUAUCAUACUAUGUUGCUCCACAAAAUUGGGAUUUUGGACAGAGUUUUGAAGGCAAGCAGUAUGAAACCUAAGGUGACGGCUUAGGGACUUGUAAUUGAUAUAUAUUCUCUACGAUCACAUCGUGUUAGCUUUGAUGUGCUAGUGGAAUCUUUACUUGUAUUGUGAAGUGGGGGAAGAAUUUAGAUCUUAGUAGGCAAUUGUAUGAUGGAGCAGACUUAGAUUGUUGUGUUGAGAAUUGAGAAAGAAUGUGAACAGUACUCUCUGCCACUAUUGCAGUGAGCUCCUCGACUAGACGACUACAAUGGUAAUUUUUUACAGCUGAUAUAGAGUGUGUCAACCAUGGAACUAUAUCAUACUUGAGUGGAAUUUUAAAGUACUUUACAUAUCGAGAUUUUAUGAUAUUUUGGCAUAA